CCGGAUCAGCUCAUCCGCCAUGAGAUCAUCGUCGAGGCCGGGGUCGUACCUCCGCGUGGUUGAAUCUACCGCAUGAGCGAGGAAGAGUUGAGUGUGCUACGAGCACAACUCGGCGACCUUCUUGAGAAAGGCUGGAUUCGGCCUAGCUCUUCGCCAUAUGGCGCUCCCGUUCUUUUCGUCCGAAAGAAGAACAAGGACUUGCGGUUGUGCUUCAAUUAUCUCAAACUCAGCGAGCAAACCGUCAAGAACGUCAGCCCUCUUCCACACAUCGACGACCUUCUCGAACGGCUUGGCGGCUGUAAAGUUUUCUCCAAGCUUAACCUCAAAUUGGGAUAUCACCAACAUGAGAUCCGGCAGGAGGACCACUACGAGAUCGCGUUCAAUACACGAUAUGGGCAUUUCAAAUGGUUGGUUCUACCUUUUGGCCUUACGAAUGCCCCAACCACGUUCCCAGCGACUAUGACAAUGGAGUUCCGACACACACUGGAGAGAUUCGUACUCAUCUACCUCGACGAUAUCUUGGUGUACAGCCGUAGUUUGGACGACGAUGUGGAGCACCUGCGCAUUGUUUUGGAACAGCUACGACAAGCCAAGUACAAAGCCAACCAUGACAAAUGCGAAUUCGCUCGGCAAGAACUCGAGUACUUGCGCCAUUUUGUGACGUCACAAAGCAUCCGUCUGCUCGUGAACAAGAUCGAGACCAUCCGAGUACGGCCCGAGCCCACCAACACCACGGAAGUUCGCUCAUUCAUGAAGUUGGCAAGCUACUACCAACGUUUCAUCACCGGGUACUCAAGGAUUGCCGCACCAUUGGCGAGACUGCAAUCGUCAAAGGUGUCAUUCGUAUUCAGCGACGAAGCGUGGCAGUCAUUCCAAGCACUCAAGACGACCAUACUCAUGGCGUCCGUCCUUAGCAUGUACGACCCCACUUUGCCAACGAGAGUGACGAUUGACGCUUUGGGCUAUGGCAUUGGGGCAGUCUUGGAACAACACGACGGUGACGACUGGCACCCCGUGGAGUAUUUCAGCCACACGGUGUCUUCGAGCAAUUCACUUGACGAUGCAAGGAAGGAGUUGCUCGCAUUCGUGAUGGCUCUCAAGCGAUGACGACACUUCCUCCUUGGGCGUCAUAGGUUCACAUGGUUCACGAAUAAC